AUGGCUCUGGAAGGUGACGAAGACACCGUCAUGGGUGAGGCGGGCAACCCUGGUGCGCCCCCCCAAUUUGAUGGGCCUUCACACCCAACUAUUACAUCUCCGUUGCUGGGCCAGACGUUCAAGCUGCCGCUGUCACGCCACCCAAGCAAUUCUCAAACUCUCGCAGCGCCUUCAAAGCCUGAGUCCGAGGGGAUCUCUCCACCCAAGAGUCUACCCAAGUCUGUAGACUCGGGUGAAAUAACGGGCGACGACGAGAAACACGAUAGUCUGGUCGAAGAGAACUCCGAUUGGUCUGAUGGAGACGCAGUUGCUCGAACAGGUCUCCCACUUGCCUCGCUUCCGUCAGGUUUAUGCUAUGAUGUGCAAAUGCGCUAUCACUGUGAGGUGCGGCCAACUGCGGACGUGCAUCCCGAGGACCCCAGGCGAAUUUACUACAUUUACAAGGAGCUGUGCCGAGCUGGACUCGUUGACGAUCCCGAGUCAAGUCGGCCUCUCGUGUCCCGACCUCUGCAGAGGAUCAAUGCUCGCAAUGCUACGGAGGAGGAGAUUUCCCUGGUCCACACGCCGGAUCAUUACGCAUUUGUAGAGAGCACCCAAGAUAUGGCGGAUGAUGAACUCAUUGCUUUGGAACACACACGCGAUUCGAUCUACUUCAAUAAACUCACUUUUGCAUCUUCAAUCCUGUCUGUUGGUGGAGCCAUCGAGACGUGCCUGGCUGUUGCUACCCGCAAAGUCAAGAAUGCUAUUGCGGUUAUCCGACCCCCUGGCCAUCACGCCGAGCAUGACAAGACCAUGGGGUUUUGUCUGUUCAAUAAUGUCUCCAUUGCAACACGGGUCUGUCAGCAGCGGCUGGGGGCGGACUGCAGGAAGAUCUUGAUUCUUGACUGGGACGUUCACCAUGGAAAUGGCAUCCAGAAAGCAUUUUACGAUGAUCCAAACGUUCUCUAUAUCUCGCUUCAUGUCUAUUCAGAGGGCAAGUUCUAUCCCGGAGGCGAGGAAGGUGACUGGGACCACUGCGGUGCGGGUGCGGGUGUUGGACGCAAUGUCAAUAUACCGUGGCCGAGUCAGGGAAUGGGCGAUGGCGACUACAUGUACGCUUUUCAGCAGGUGGUCAUGCCAAUUGCCUAUGAAUUUAACCCGGACCUUGUCAUCAUUGCCUCUGGUUUCGACGCUGCCGCAGGCGAUGAGCUUGGGGGUUGUUUUGUGACACCAGCGUGCUACGCUCAUAUGACGCACAUGCUUAUGACGCUUGCCCACGGCAAGGUUGCUGUUUGUCUCGAGGGUGGCUACAAUUUCCGAUCGAUCUCGAAAUCUGCUCUUGCCGUUACAAAGACUCUAAUGGGCGACCCUCCCGACCGUCUGCAUUCCACCACACCUUCCGAAGCGGCAACAACGACUGUGAGGCGCGUUAUGAUGAUUCAGUCGGCUUAUUGGAGCUGCAUGUAUCCAAAGGCGCCGCAACAGGAAGGCCACUUCACCGAUCGACUUCACGAUGUCAUCCGUGCUUAUCAGUCAAAGCAACUUUAUGACAACUACAAAUUGACAUCGUUAUACAUUUAUCGUACUGCCAUCUCGAAGUCGUUUGAGAAUCAAGUCCUUGCGACUCCGAAUUACUAUCAGGCGAAACCCCUGCUUGUUUUCUUCCACGACCCGCCUGAGAUCAUGAGCUUACCGCAUCCCGUCACCAAUAAGUUAGAAGCUCAUAACUGCUGGCUUGCUGAUGUAUUAUUGAAGGAUUAUGUUGGAUGGGCCGUGGAGAAGGGCUAUGCGGUCAUCGACGUGAAUAUUCCAAAACAUGUGACUAUUGAUCCGAGCUCCGGAAAGUAUGAAGAUGAGGACGAGAACCGACCUACCGCCACAGAAGAACUUGCUGGGUAUCUUUGGGAUAACUACAUCGAGCCGAAUGAAGCCACGGAAAUCUUUUUCAUCGGCAUUGGUAACGCCUUUUACGGCGUUGCAAACCUGCUGAUUAACCGAGAAACGUUAUAUAAACGUGUCAACGGAGUGGUCUCCUUUGUAGCCGAGAACCCCGUUCGAGCGGUGGCCUCGCACACCCAAGUCUGGCUUUCGCGGUGGUACAAAGACAACUCGCUCGUAUUUGUCUCUCACACGCACGGCGUCUGGACAAGUCUCCAGCGUAAACCCUCCAAACGCUACGGCACUCUCGUGCAGUCGCCCAAGGCGGGGCUGAGUGAGAUGCUCAUGCAUCACAAGGACGAGGUGUACCAGUGGAUCUCGGAGCGUGCGGAUGUGCCGGAUGAGGAGACUGAAGACGAGAAACCCAAGAAACGGUCGCCUACGAAGGCGACUAAUACCGGGGAGGGUCCUCGUGGGAGACCAAACGCAGGUGGAAGUUGAAGUUUCCUUUCCGUCGGCUUUGCUUUGCUCAGAGGAAGUUAGAUCUAGAGAUUGGUUUCUUUGGUUUAGUUAGGGG